AUGCCGUCAACGCUCGGACUUUUGCCAAUGCAACAAGAAUCGUUCGAACAUCAUGAAGAAUUGAGCAAAUUACUCAAAGAAACCGAUGUUUUCUAUGUUCCAUUGCAGAAUGAUUUUCAUAGCAAUGCAAAUAGUCAAGAUGCAUCUGAUGUAACGAAACGGUUCGAUGAGGAUAUUUUGAACAAACAUCUGGUUGUUACAUUUCGAAAUAUCGGUUAUUCAUUAUUUCUCGACGCAGUUCAAAGUAUUCCUGAUCAAUAUGAUCAUUCGAAAACUCGCGUUUCAGGCAAAAUGAUUGUUGAUGGUAUAUGCAUACAAUUUCUCGGUUGUUUUGAUUGUCAAUACAAGAAUCAAGACCAUGCAGACGUUCAACAAAUCAACGGGGUUGGAAGAAUACAACUAGACGAAGACUAUUAUCGGGAAUUAUCAACACAAAUAUUAACUGCAGAAACAACAUCGGAGUUUGUGGACGAUAUGAAACGAGCAGAAAGGCCAAUGCCAAAAGUCAAGGGACGCUCCCGAACGAUUAGUGAGAAUAUCCUCGGAAAAAAUCAUUCGAAUACCCUAAAAAGUCCACCACCAUCACUUUCCAAUUCCCGAUCUCAUCUACCUUAUACAUUACGAUCACCUCGAACUAUGAGUAAUGCUAGUAAACAACAACAUCAAUCAUCAGCACCUAUUAAUAUCGAUCAUUCAUCAGUAUCACGAAGUUCAGAUAAACACUUUCUUCCAGGUUUUCAUUCAACAUUCAUUUCACCUUCCUCAAGUGUAGCAAGUUCUUACAACGAAAAUAUACUCGAUCCGUCUCAACAAAAAUCUACACAUAUGUUCUCACAAUCGCCUCAAUAUUCGUCAGCUCUUCAUAAUCCAACAACCAUGCCAAUACAAAUACCGUCGACAGCAUCAACAAACAUUACUAUUCCACCCUCAUCAUUACCGCAAUUUACUGGCAUAUUUCCAAUAACGCAAUCACAUUCGUUGCCAACAUAUUUUCUUCCUCAAGGAAAUUUAGCAUACUUUAUUACAAAUCCAAAUCAAACGCCACCGCCGCCUCUACAUAUACUCACACCUUUGAAUCCUCACUCUUUACCAUUUACUUCAGCACACUAUUCCCCGCUCUUGUCAACUCAACCAGCGGCGAUUCAUGAGUCUUUGUUAUUAGUACAAAAUAAGCAAAGUCAAUCGAUGGAAACAAACAAACAAGGUGAAGAACAAUUACCGUUUAAGAAACGACGCUACGCUGGUCAACAAUCGUCUGUUCUUUCACCUAUGGACAUCGAUCAACAUGAAGACGAUGAAACAUCUAAUGAAUCAAUGAAAAAAUAA